AAAAAUAAAUGAUUCUUUCAUUUUACUUCCGAUCAAUUUUCCGAGACUGGUAACGAGGACUGAUAGAUAGCGCCGACGUUAUCCGCCGUGAACAAUGGCUUCUCCGGUGAUUCAGAGAUCACCGUAUUCCAGUGCCGCAACAGCCGCAGCUUCCUCUCCGCUACAACGUCUCACCAGUAUCAGAGAUAGAUCCCUCGUCGCGAACCCUACGUCUGCCGGCGGCAUAGCUCCGACUCCGACCACUGGCACCUCUCCGGCUUCACUCUCUCCUCCAAUUACCUCGCCGCUUGACUCGUUCGCGUCCGAUCAGAUAUUUUCCGCAUUCCUGUCGCCGGAUUUUGAUUCCGCGCGAUUCUCCUCUGCGGCUCUGUCGUCCGGAUCCGCUGCGUCUCGCAUCGAGAAGCUCCAGGAAGGUCUCCGGCUACUUGACCACCAGCUCCGACAUGAAGUGCUCUCCCGCCACGAGGAUCUGCUCAAUCAGCUCUCAUCUAUUCGCGCGGCGGACUCCGCUCUUUCCUCUCUCCGUUCCUCCGUCUCCUCUCUCCAGUCUUCGCUCCAACGAGUCCGAUCCGAGCUCUCCGAUCCGCAUCGCGUCAUUGCCGCCAAGACUCUCCAGCUCUCCAAUCUCCACUCUACCACUCAGCUUCUCCAGUCCACAAUUCGUUUUCUCCGCCUCUCGAAAAAGCUCCGCGAUCUCAUGGAUGCAACGCAAGACCACGAAAAGCUCGACUUAUCGAAAGCUGCACAGCUCCAUUACGAGAUACUCUCACUCCACAACGAGUACCAUUUGUCCGGGAUCGAUGUAGUGGACUCGGAACUGAAAUGGGUGACUGAAACCGGGCAGAAAUUACGGGCUGAAGGAAUGCGUGUAUUGGAGAAGGGAGUUGAAGAUCUGAACCAAGCAGAGGUUGGGGCUGGCCUGCAAGUGUUUUACAACAUGGGGGAGCUGAGAGGAACUGUGGACGGGCUGGUGAGCAAGUACAAAGGAUUGGGCGUGAAGAGUAUAAGCUCAGCAUUGGAUAUGAAGGCAAUAUCUGCAGGUGGAGCAUUUGGGCCGGGGGGUGUGCAGAGGAGUGGAACACCGCAGCUUGGGGGAAGCGCAAAGGCCAAGGAAGCUCUGUGGCAAAGGAUGAACAGUUGUAUGGAUCAAUUGCAUUCCAUUGUAGUUGCAAUCUGGCAUUUACAGAGGGUUUUGUCCAAGAAAAGAGACCCCUUUACUCAUGUUUUGCUUCUUGACGAGGUCAUGCAGGAUGGUGAUCCUAUGCUAACAGUUCGUAUUUGGGAGGCCCUUGUGAAAUCUUUUGCAAGCCAGAUGAAAUCCACUUUCACUGCAUCAAGUUUUGUGAAAGAGACAUUCACGACUGGGUAUCCAAAACUUUUGUCUAUGGUAGAAAACCUACUUGAAAGAAUUUCACGUGAUACAGAUGUCAAAGGAGUUCCACCAGCUCUCACUUCUGAAGCAAAGGAUCAAAUGACUUCUGCUAUUGAGACAUUUCAGACAGCCUUUUUGGCACUCUGCUUGAGUCGCCUGUCUGAUCUUGUUAAUUCUGUAUUUCCCAUGUCUACCCGUGGAAGCAUUCCCUCAAAGGAACAAAUCUCCAGGAUUAUAUCACGAAUUCAAGAGGAAAUUGAAUCAGUACAACUUGAUGCUCGGUUGACUCUUCUUGUCUUGCGUGAGAUUAACAAAGUUCUGCUUCUGCUUUCUGAAAAAGCGGAAUAUCAGAUAUCUGCAGGACCUGAAGCACGACAAGUAACAGGUCCUGCCAAUCCAGCACAGCUCAAGAACUUUGCGCUGUGUCAGCAUCUGCAAGAAGUUCAUGCCCGUGUGUCAUCUAUGGUGGCAGGACUUCCAAGUAUUGCAUCUGAAGUUCUUUCUCCUGCAUUGGGUACAAUAUACGGUGUCGCAGGUGAUUCAGUGACAUCCUUAUUCCAAGCAAUGCUGGAUCGCCUUGAGGCUUGUAUUUUACAAAUUCACGAUCAGAAUUUCGGGACUCUCGGCAUGGAUGCUGCUAUGGACAACAAUGCAUCACCUUACAUGGAGGAGCUACAAAAGAGUAUUGUUCAUUUCCGCGCUGAAUUCUUGUCCAGGCUAUUGCCCUCUUCGUCAAAUGUUGUCUCCACCGGAACAGAAACCAUUUGCACUAGACUUGUGAGGAGCAUGGCCUCUAGAGUGUUGAUAUUCUUCAUUAGGCACGCCUCACUCGUUAGACCCCUCUCGGAAUCAGGCAAGUUGAGAAUGGCUAGGGACAUGGCCGAGCUGGAAUUAGCAGUUGGGCAGAACUUGUUCCCAGUGGAACAGCUCGGUGCACCAUACAGAGCACUCCGGGCAUUUCGCCCAGUUAUCUUCCUCGAAACAUCUCAACUGGCAUCAUCCCCUCUUCUUCAAGAUCUUCCACCCAGUGUCAUCCUUCACCAUCUUUUCUCACGUGGGCCUGACGACCUGCUAUCGCCCAUGCAAAGGAACAGACUUUCUCCUCUGCAAUAUUCACUUUGGAUGGACUCACAAGGGGAAGAUCAGAUCUGGAAAGGCAUAAAGGCAACUCUAGACGAUUAUGCUGCAAAGAUACGAAUGAGAGGAGACAAGGAGUUCAGUCCGGUGUAUCCUUUGAUGCUGAAACUGGGCUCGUCGCUCUCUGGAAAUAAUUGAACCCUCGAACAACACACAAUCAUAUGAGAGCGCUGGCAACAAUGAAAUUUAUAGUAAGACGAAAAUCCUUCAGACUUCAAAGUAAUGAGGGUUCUACAGGUACACAUCCCCUCCAAAUGGGACUUUUGCCUUACCAUUACCCUACAAAUGAACUCCUGUUAUAUUAUAGCUUUCCUAUUGUAAAUCUCACUGCAGGCCAUCUUGCCAUUUCUUUUUCCAAUCUUCUUGAUUCUUUAUUUGUAUUGGAAGAUUUGAAUCUUCUUGGAUGUGUACUAAUCUUCCAUUAGGAGAAAAAGAGAGACUUUUUGUCAGCUGACCUUCUUGUCAAAACUCAAAGACUGCUCUUUUCAACUUUUGAGCAUUAUACUUACAAAGAUGAUUUCAAGCACUUUGAAUGUGCAAAAA